GUCACAGUCACGCAGAGCUGUGAAGAUGGCAAGUGUUGUGAGAUACAGUUUUCUACUCAUCAGUAUCUGUUUAAGAAGCACUUCGUGGGCAGACUCAGUGUUGAAAGUUACAUCUUUAAUUGGAUCUGUUGGGAAUGAGAUCAUCAUCCAGUGUUCUGCUGAUAAAACCCCUCAAGAUGGGGUGUACCUGUACAAACAAGAAGGAGCAAGUCAAAAUAAGCACAAAGUCUUCUAUUAUUACAAAGAUGUACCUUUAAAACAAAAAUCAGAAUGGUAUAAGGACAACGUCAAAGUAACUGGAACAUUUCCCAACUUUAUUGUCACCAUACUGAAUCUAAAAGCUACAGACACUGGGUUUUACUGGUGUCAAUUUAAUUUUGAAGACACAAUAUCAUUUGGCACAGUCACAUGGUUACAGAUAGAAGAAUCGGUAGAUAAAAAAACAAAUGAAACAGGAGAAGUAAUAAGAAAUGAAUCGGGAGACGAAAAAGAUGAUGAAAAAGUGUGCUCUGGAGAUCUUCCUCAUCAUGGGAAGAUCUUUCUCAUUGUGUGUGCUGUCAUGAUGCUGCUGUGCAUCACUGCUUUCAUCCUUGUGAUUCUGAAGGUGAAGGGGUGUUGGAGGAACAAGAAAUACAGACCAUCAAAUCCACCCUCAGACUCAGUUUACGAAGAGAUGAAAAGGAGCAAUUUGGGCGGCUAGCAGUGUACAGACGUUCAUCAACCCUGACUAUCAAUCCACCAAGUUCCUUCACUAAAUAUAUGUGAUAGUUUAUCUCUUAUUAUUUUGAAUGGCAAAGCUUUCAAAUGAUUUAUUGCUUCAUAUUUCAGUUUCUCGUUUAAAUUUGUUUCUUAUCCCUCUUUCAGUUCAGAGACAGAAACAUAAUCUACCUGAUCUAAUGAUGCAAACAUAACUGUGGGAACUUAUUCAAAAGACGUGAAAUACAUACCAGUAGAUACAUAUCACUGCAGUUUCUAAAAGAAAUGAGUAAAACAGCGAGCACUUGUAAUAGUUUUCUUACACAGUUACGAUUGCAGCUCCAUAUGUUUCGCUAUGGUUAAGAGAUAUUGUCAGCUGAUAGACAACAGAAAUGGCAGAGUUCAUUUGUGGUCUUGUGCGCACACGCCUGCAAGCUACUUUCGGUCUGACAAAUAGUCUAAGAGUGAACUGACUGAUAGAAUUAAAGUACAGAGACAUAUUUCACUCCUCUGUUCAUAAUAAAGGCAAUCAAAGUUAUUGUGUCUCAUUAUAGAAUUUUAAACAAUAUAUUGCAAAAAUAGUAGGCUACUUGUUUGCACAGUUUGUAUUUUACUCUCUGGUGUUCAUCUCUAAACUUGGUCACCAUUCUUAACCAAACAUCUUCCUUUGCAGGUGUGGUCAUGUCUUCCUUUCUAUAACCUUAGAAUACAACAAAACAAGUCACACUGACAUGUUUCUAACACUGACAAACAAUGAAAUUUAAAAAGUAUGCUGUGUUUGCAGAUGAGGCUUUUAUGUAUUUAAAGAACAUUUAUUACAUAACAGCUUGUUGCAGUUUUUAUGAAUUUUAACGUUUUUAAUGUAAUGUUUAUAUGUUUUUUAAAUGUAAUGUUUUGU